AUGAAAAAGAAGGUUCUAUUAAUGGGCAAAAGUGGGUCUGGAAAGACCUCUAUGCGAAGUAUUAUCUUCUCGAAUUAUAUUGCUCGAGAUACUAGGCGUUUAGGAGCAACAAUUGAUGUAGAACACUCACAUGUUCGCUUCCUUGGUAACCUAGUUCUGAACCUUUGGGAUUGUGGUGGGCAGGAAGCGUUCAUGGAAAAUUAUUUUGCCGCACAAAGGGAUCACAUCUUUCGAAAUGUUGAGGUAUUAAUCUACGUGUUUGAUGUAGAAUCGCGAGAAAUCGAAAGAGAUAUGCAUUAUUAUCAAGAUUGUCUUGAAGCAAUAUUGGCGAAUUCAAAGGACGCAAAGAUUUUUUGUUUGAUACAUAAAAUGGAUUUAGUACAGGAAGAAGUUCGAGCUAAGAUAUUCAAUGAACGAUUUAGCGAGUUAAAAACUAGAUCAGAACCACUGAAAAUAUCAGCAUUUGCCACUUCGAUAUGGGAUGAGACAUUAUACAAGUUUAAAUUGAGUUGUAGCAAAUCACAAGCUCAGUUCAAGAGCAUGGAAGUGCGCCAGGCUAAUUUUGCCGCGUUUUUUGAUAUAUUGACUGCCAAUACGUAUGUCAUGGUUAUAAUGUCUGAUCCUACUGUUGAAUCCGCUGCUACACAAAUGAAUAUUACAGUAGCACGAAAACAUUUCGAAAAAUUAGAGACGUCUCAUAUGACGCGAUAA